AUGGGUGCAAGUUGCAAAGAUCAAAAAUUAGCUUUAGCAAUAUGUCUACAGAGAUCACCAUGUGUACUAAUACAACGUAAUACACCAAAAGAAUGUUUAACAAAUCCAAAUUUAAAAAAAGAAUUACCUGAAUUAUGUAAAGCAUAUUUUAGAGCAUUUAUGGAUUGUAAAACAGGACUGAUUGAUAUGAGAAAAAGAAUGAAAGGUAAUGCUCCUUUAUCAACAGGAAAAUUUGAUGAAACUUAUGAAAAUUUAUCAACUGGUCAUUUUGAUGCAAAAGAAGAAAUUAGAAAAUUAAAUGUUAUGAAUAAAAAUUUAUCAAAACAACAACAAAUACAGGAGGAAAAGGAGAUUGAAAGAAUAAGUUGA